CUCCUGUGCAGACUAAGUCAUCUCCAUGUUCACAUUAGUGAUUUGUUUUAUAAUACUAAAUGUAAGUAGAGGUUGGAGAACUGUAUCCAGUGGGUACUUACUAUAUUUAUGGUAGGAAGAGGCAAAAACUUAAAACUAUAUGAAACAAACAGAAGACAAAGUCAUUUGUCUAAUAAAUCUAAUUUUAUCCAAAGAUUUUUCAACUCAAACUAGGACUUGCAGAAAAAAACCCAACCCCAAACAACACUUUUUAAAUAAGUAUCUAUUCAAAAAAAAAAAAAAAAUUAGGGCACUUCAAGAAAUUAAGGGAAAAGGUUUUCUUUGCUGCAUGCUAUCUACAGUGCAUGGCCUUUGCAAUGAGGAAAUCCAGUAUAGCAAGCAACUUUUCUGAUGAGAGCCGAAGAAACAGUAAGCUAAUUGUUUCAUUUGCAAACUAUUAAACAGAUAACUCUAUUUAAACACUAUGAUUCUCUACUGUACUUCUCUGAUAUAAUACUUUCCUUGCAGCAUGGCCAUGUCCUUUCCAUAUACGUUGUGACAUCUCUGAUAAAAUGGAGUUAAGAGUGAUGAGAAAACCAGAAACAUCUGGGAAAUGAAAGCAGAAAAGUACCUGCUGAGGAGUUAGCCUCUCAAUGUCCUGACCGAAUGAAGUCCUGAGAAUGGGACAAUCCUGAGCAGUUGUGUGCGACCUCAGCAGUCACCAAGGUGUCACUCAAAAGCUCAGAUGAGGCUGUAGCAUCAUGCCUGGAAAUGGGAACAUUUCCGCCAGGGUGAUGAUGGAUCAUCAGAUUCACUCUAUCACAUAGAAAUCUUAAUCUUGAACAACUGAAGCUCAGGUAUCAUGCAAGACCCCAUCUAUUCAUCCAAGGAUGGCCGCCUGUAUAGAAGCUGUCAGCAAAGGUCCCUGUGGGCUGCUGAAACCUGGAUUGUGCAUUUUUCUUUGAGGAUAUGAUGAUGGGCAAAAAGUGUCUCAUCAAGUCUUCAGUGGCUUCCAAGUGAUGACCAAAAGACCAUCUCUUCGACACCCACCAACAAAAGAUGUGCACUGCAGUCACUGAGAGUUUAUGUAACAUCUUCCAUGCUUCCAGGGACAGCCGGGGCACUGCUGCUCAUGUCUUCCCAGGGUACCACACAGGCUUUAAAGGUUUUCUAGAUGCAGCAACUGAGACAAAGAGAAGGUAGAUGAUCAUCUGGCAGACAAACACUAGACUGCAGCUCCCCUGAUUAUUUGGCUGCUCCCAUCUGCUGGCUGACAUUCCCUCCUUUACUGCAGGAAACAUGUUUGGAAACAAUAACAACUACAUGAACAUGGCAGAAGCAAAUAAUGCAUUUCUUGCUGCAAAUGAGCAGACGUUCCAUACGCCAAGCCUUGGGGAUGAGGAGUUCGAAAUCCCACCCAUUACCCCCCCGCCUGAGUCAGACUCCACACUGGGGAUGGCAGAUAUACUGAUGCCCUUUCAGAGCCUUGGUGACCAGCUGCCUGCACAGGGAAAUGAAUUUACACCACAGUUUCCUCCCCAGAGCUUGGAUCUUCCCUCUAUUACAAUAUCCCGCAAUCUUGUGGAACAAGACGGCAUCAUCCACAGCAAUGGAUUGCAUAUGGAUCAGAGUCACACACAAGUUUCCCAGUAUCGCCAGGAUCACUCUCUGAUUAUGAGAUCUAUUGUCCACAUGACUGAUGCUACUCAUUCGGGAAUUAUGCCUCCUUCUCAGCUAACCACCAUUAACCAGUCUCAGCUAAGUGCACAGCUGGGGCUAAAUUUAGGAGGCACUAAUUUGCCACACACUUCUCCCUCCCCACCUGCCAGUAAAUCAGCCACUCCUUCCCCAUCCAGCUCUAUAAAUGAAGAAGAUGCAGAUGAAUCAAAUAGAGCUACUGGAGAAAAAAGAGCUGCCCCAGAUUCUGGCAAGAAGCCCAAGACUCCAAAGAAGAAGAAAAAGAAAGAUCCCAAUGAGCCACAAAAGCCAGUGUCAGCAUAUGCCCUUUUCUUCAGGGAUACACAAGCUGCAAUUAAAGGGCAGAACCCGAAUGCUACAUUUGGAGAGGUCUCAAAAAUAGUGGCAUCUAUGUGGGACAGUUUAGGAGAAGAACAAAAACAGGUAUAUAAAAGAAAAACUGAAGCUGCCAAAAAAGAAUACCUAAAGGCACUUGCAGCCUAUAGAGCAAGCCUUGUUUCUAAGGCUGCUGCUGAAUCUGCUGAGGCCCAGACAAUUCGUUCUGUUCAGCAAACGUUGGCAUCCACAAAUCUGUCUUCCUCCCUUAUUCUGAAUACUUCUCUUUCUCAACAUGCAGCAGUGUCAGCCUCUCCUCAAACUCUUCAACAGCCCCUUCCAAGAGCAAUUGCUCCAAAACCUUUAACCAUGAGACUGCCGAUGAAUCAGAUUGUAGCUUCUGUUACCAUUGCACCAAACAUGCCAACAAACAUUUCUACCCCGUUGAUAAGCUCUAUGGGAACAAAUAUGGUGGCAACACCGUCUCCGUCUCAAGUCAGUCCCUCAAUGCAAAGCCAGCAGCACCAGAUACAGCAGCUGCAGCAGCAACAGAUGCAGCAAAUGCAACAGCAGCAACUACAUCAGCAUCAAAUGCAUCAGCAAAUUCAACAGCAAAUGCAACAACAGCAUUUUCAGCAUCACAUGCAACAACAUCUGCAGCAGCAGCAGCAUCUUCAGCAGCAUAUUAAUCAACAGCAAAUGCAACAGCAACUGCAGCACAUGCAGCUUCAGCAAAUGCAGCAGCAGCAAAUGCAGCAUAUACAACACCAGUCACAGCCUUCUCCUCAGCAGCACUCUCCAGUAGCCUCUCAGAUCACUUCUCCCAUCCCUGCCAUUGGGAGCCCUCAGCCAGCACCUCAGCAGCACCAGUCACAAAUACAGUCUCAGACACAGACUCAAGUAUUAUCACAGGUCAGUAUUUUCUGAAGAGAAAUGGUCCUGUAACAUGGCUUUUUAUUGAUAAAGGGGAUAAGGAUAAACCAUAUUUGGCUGAAAACUGUAAAUUGUUGAUGGUAGUUAUGCAGAGAUGCAUAACAGAUCAAAUGAUUCUCUAAAGUGUCUAUUAGAUAGGCAAUAAAGAACUACAAUGUAGCUGUGUAUCAUCUUUUAGCUGAUUAUAAAUCAUUUUGUUUAAAAAAAAAAAAGCUGUGCUCUUUUUCAUGUGAUGCCUUUUUAAUUUAUUUAAGCUUUACCUACAAUAUGUGAAUCAAAUGGCCUAAUAAAUACCUGGACCUUAUGACUGCAAAAUGGCCUUUCAGAGUUAUAACGCUUCUUUCUCUAAAAGUGAGUAAUGCACUUCAAGGCAGUAUGAACUCAUUAAGUCCUUAAAGCACAGUUGUAACUACCUGUAAAAUGAUGACUGGAUUUCAUACAAUCAUACUUGUAUGACAUGAGUUAGUUGAUGGCAUUUUUGUCAUGGAAAAAAAGAGUAAAUCACAGAUUUUUGCCAAAGCUCUUAAGUUUUUUCUCUUCUACAUGUCUUCAGAAUGCAAGUAACUGAACUUAAACAUUUGAGACAACCUUUCACUUCCUUUCUCCAAAUAAACCUAUCAUAGUUUGUAAAAAAAUAUAUAUUGACGUUUACACUCUUACGUUAAUUCCAGUUGCAGAACAAAUGUGAAUAUUAUAUUCUGUGUUGAAGUGAUGAGUUUCAGAUUGAAUACACUGUAUUUUUAAAAGGGAAAUGCACUUAAAUAAAACUGUUAUUACAGAAAGCUAAGAUGAAAGCAAGAGUUUUUAAUAUGCUGUAAAACCAGUAGAAUAUUUAAAUGAAACUCCACAACUGAAUGAUCAAUGUAAAUAUUUUCUUUAAAAGUUGUAAGUUUUCAUAUCAUGUGUUGUAAAGUUUUCAUAAAUGAGGCUUUAAUGUAAACACUGGUAACAUGAAUUAUUAAUUGCUACAUUGUUUAUUGUGUUUUUAUGCUGUUUUAUACUUUUUUAUGAGUUAUGAUAGCAGCAAUUAAGUUGUUUGUAUUUUGCUUAUCUAAAAUAAAUGCUUUUAUCUUGCUAUAGAAUAAACACAUUUCAGUAAAA